AAGUCUAUCAUCUGACUGAACGCGUGCCCAAGCAGACAGCAGCAGCUUGUGGGGCGAGCCCGAAGAACAUGCCACUCCUGGAGUGGUCUCCAGCGCGGAAGGAGGACAAUCGGCUUGGAUCCGUUUGGAUUUUUCAAGGACACAUCAUUUGCAUUUUUCAGUGAGCUUCUGUCAUACUGUCACAUCACAACAACGAUGUGAAGCCCGGGACUACAUAAAAGUUGGCCAACAAGGACUGAGGUGUCAAUAAAUGCUAGAAUGCAUAUUUAUUCGACUGAUACAUGGAUUGUAAUGUAUCUUUUUUGUUAUCACUAUUAAUUAACCUACAAGCAGGAUCAUCUCAUGACGAGCAAGUGAAUAUUAUUGCAUCUCUUGAAUAGUGGUGCCAAGCUUGCGUAAAGCCAAUUUGGUUCAGCGCAAAUCGGUCAUUAUGUCUGCGAUACGCAGGAAAUUUGGCGAGGACUACGAGGUAGUGAACACCAAACGGGACAUGACUGUCUCUGCACCCGUGAAGAGAAAGCGCCAGCGGUUUGUGGAGAAGAACGGCCGCUGUAACGUCCAGCAUGGUAACCUUGGCGGGGAGACAAGCCGAUAUAUCUCCGAUCUUUUCACCACGCUCGUCGACCUGAAGUGGCGUUGGAACCUACUCAUAUUUAUAUUAACCUACACGGUAGCCUGGCUCGUUAUGGCAUCUAUGUGGUGGAUAAUAGCCUACAUCCGCGGUGACAUCAAACCACAAGGCCACGACUCGUCAUACACCCCGUGCGUCACGAACGUCUACAACUUUCCGUCUGCUUUCUUGUUCUUCAUUGAAACAGAGGCUACUAUCGGCUAUGGUUACCGCUACAUCACAGAAAAGUGUCCGGAAGGCAUUAUUCUUUUUCUCUUCCAGUCUCUCCUGGGUUCUAUAGUGGACGCAUUUCUUAUCGGCUGCAUGUUUAUCAAGAUGUCCCAGCCGAAGAAGCGCGCGGAGACGCUCAUGUUUAGCCAGGAUGCCGUUAUCUCGCAACGGGACGGGAAGUUGUGUCUCAUGUUCCGAGUGGGGAACCUGCGGAACAGCCAUAUGGUGUCGGCCCAGAUCAGGUGCAAACUCAUCAAGUCUCGUCAGACUCCAGAGGGGGAGUUUCUACCUCUGGACCAGUGUGAGCUAGACGUAGGAUUCGGGACGGGGGCAGACCAGCUCUUCCUGGUGUCCCCUCUGACUAUCUGCCACGAGAUCAAUUCCAAGAGCCCCUUCUUCGACCUGUCCCAGCGCUCGCUCAUGAACGAGGAGUUUGAGAUCGUGGUCAUCCUGGAGGGCAUUGUGGAAACCACUGGUAUGACGUGUCAGGCGCGGACCUCCUACACGGAGGACGAGGUGUUGUGGGGCCACCGCUUCCUGCCCGUCAUGUCCCUGGAGGAGGGCUUCUUCCGGGUCGACUACUCCCAGUUCCACAACACCUUCGAGGUCAACACUCCUCCUUACAGCAUCAAGGAGCACGAGGAGAAGAACUCUGACUUCCCCAACCCUCCACCAGGCGUCCCCACCCCUCCCCUGGGGAAUGGGGGCCAGGGCCGGGGCCGCAGGGAGAGGAUGCUGUCAGUGGACUUUGCCGACCAUGGAGAGGCUACCCAGGAACAAGCGAUGGGGAGGCUGCCCAGCAAGUUACAGCGUAUGAGCUCUUACAAGGAGGACCUGACUCAUUCAGAGCGGAGACUUCCCCCUGCCCUGAGCCCCAUGCUGGCCCCAAACCCAACCAUUGUCCAGAUCCCUUUGCCUGAGGGUGGGGGGCGGCAGGAGGAUAACCUGCCUGCCAAACUGCGCCGAAUGAACACUGACCGUUGACAUUGACCGUGGACAAUUGACCGUUAAAUGACUAUUAAUCGGCGGAAACAAACAGACUCCCCAAAAAACUCUAAAUAGAUAUAG